AUGACAGGUCACGUAGCUUCAUUCGACUCCGUACCGGAAUGGCUGGUGCAGCUGUUGGCUGCCGAGCUGCCAUAUUCUCUGCCCUUGUUGCGCCGAUUACAAUCGACAAAGUUCAAGCACGGCACCUCUCCCCAUGCGCGUGUUGUCUUUGUCCAUGACGCAGACUCCCCUUUGGACGAGCAUCAUGAGUUCGAGACAUAUACGGCGGCGUAUCUGGACUUUUCCAGGCAGGAAACUCAAAUGUACAUCUACUCAACCUUAGAACACGGCCGCAACAAAGACGAUGAGAGUCAAAUGCAGCUGUAUGAGCAGCAGCUGGAAAAAUUGGUAUCAGAAGUCGUCCUCUUGCGCGAAGAAUACGGCCAAAAACUGCUAUUCACGAAUCCGGACCGAAUUUUGGUUGGGUCCCUGAAUUCGAAAGUACGCUCCAUCUUGGAGAAGUUCGACGGCGUUGUCGAACCUCGGCCAACAGGAGUCUAUGAUAAAUGGCUCAUAAGGAGGGAUGAGCUGCCGCUCCUGGACGAAAGCCUCCCUUCUGGCAUGUACUGGGAUAGUGCCUCGCUCGAAGAUUGCCAGAUUAUCGUAUCCCGGACUGAUAUCCCACGAACUGCGGAGAUACUUGUAAACCUUCCGAAUCUGAUGAUCAAAAGAGACGAUGGGACCCCGAUAGCAUGGGCAUUGCUAGGGACAGAUGGCAGUCUUGUCAGCGUCCACUGCGAAGAGCCUUAUAGGCGACGGGGCUUAGCGAAGAAACUUGCCACGAAACUUUUACGGGAAAAGUCUCCCCAGUUCGGAGAUGAUGGCUGGCUAUGUGCUGAUGUUAGCCCGUCAAACGAGAGCAGCAGAGCCAUGUGCAAGUCUCUCAACGGCAAGCCAGAUUGGCUCGUUUCUUGGAUCUGUCUGGUCCUGAGUGGCACGGGGGUUCCAGCAAGUUCUACUAGGAAUGACAGUGGGACGGACCGGACGGGAAAUUAA